UCAAGCUGAACAGAACCUACAGACCACCUGUGAUUCCUUCUCUGACAGGAAAAGAUUACCAUGGAGAAGUUGGCCAUCCUUCUGCUUCUGAGUGCUGCCAUUGCACUGGGCGACGCAAACCUGACCCAGCUGCUUGGUUUAGAACCCUUACUGAAGACUGAGGUGGAACAGACUCCUCCUGUCGGGGCUCAGGUAGCAGCAGUACAGCAGGGGACAAAGGAAAUGUCAUGUCCCUCAGACUGGCACCCAUAUGGAUCACGCUGUUUCAGGUUUGUCAGCAUUCCGCAGUCAUGGUCAGAUUCUGAGCAAAACUGUUUGGCACUUGGUGGAAACCUAGCAUCCGUGAAUAACCUUUUAGAGUACCAGUUCAUGCAAGCACUAACAAAGAAUACCAAUGGCCACUUACCUGAUACCUGGAUUGGAGGUUUUGAUGCAGUCAAGGAGGGCUUAUGGAUGUGGUCAGAUGGGUCCAGAUUUGACUACACUAACUGGAACACUGGUGAGCCCAAUAACGCUGGAGAAGGAGAGGACUGUCUGCAGAUGAACGCUGCAAGUGAGAAGCUCUGGUUCGACGUGCCCUGGGUCAACAGUCUACUUCACCUCUCACCUCCAGGGGUCAACAGUCUACUUCACCUCUCACCUCCAGGGGUCAACAGUCUACUUCACCUCUCACCUCCAGGGGUCAACAGUCUCCAGGGGUCAACAGUCUACUUCACCUCUCACCUCCAGGGGUCAACAGUCUACACUUCAAUACUAAAAACCAAGAUCUGUCACUCACUGCAGCUCACCAUUACCUAA